GGAGGAGAAAGCGGGCGGUACCAUUACGCCGGACCGUGAGACGACGACUCUCGUUGGAUACACAUGACACACCCAGACAGUUAAAUGAGCAAAAGAAAAACUGUGGAUUUUGGUCAUUAAUUAAGACAUAACAGGUGGAAGUGGUAACGUUCUGGGAGGGAAAGCGCAGACAGGUCUUGCUCCAGCAUGAACCGAGCAUUUAACAGGAAAAGAGAUAAAUCAUGGAUGCAUACCCCUGAGGCUCUGGCCAAACACUUCAUUGCGUACAAUGUCAAGUUCCUCGGCAACACAGAGGUUGAGCAACCUAAAGGCACAGAGAUUGUGAGAGAUGCAGUCAGAAAGCUUAAGUUUCAAAGGCACAUCAAGAAAUCAGAAGGCCAGAAGGUUCCAAAGGUGGAAUUACAAAUAUCAAUUUACGGAGUAAAGAUAUUAGAUCCUAAGACAAAGGAUGUGCUGCACAAUUGCCAGUUGCACAGGAUAUCCUUCUGUGCUGAUGAUAAAACAGACAAAAGGAUAUUUACAUUCAUCUGCAAAGACUCGGAAUCAAAUAAACACCUCUGCUACGUGUUUGACAGUGAAAAAUGUGCAGAGGAGAUCACUCUGACUAUUGGCCAAGCCUUUGACUUGGCCUACAAGAAGUUUCUGGAGUCAGGAGGAAAAGAUGUAGAGACACGGAAACAGAUAGGAACCCUUCAGAAGAGAAUCCAGGAACUCGAAUCGGAAAAUACCGAGUUGAAGAAGCAGUUACAGAACUUAGAUGAGCAGUUGAGAAGUUCCAAAGUGUCCCCUCUGCUGCACUUAAACUCGGCUAACGAAGCGUACAUGCUGCAGAGGCCUUCCUCUCUCUUCUGGUGUCACAAUCUCACCUCCUUCUCGUGUCUCGAGAUCUCCUCUGUCACUCUCACGCCUAUGAGCUCUCCCGAGUCCAACUUCUCCACGGGCCUCCUCACCCCUCCUCCCGCUAAGCCUGCGCUUCCAAAGCCUCCCAACGGAUGCAGUAUCCCACGGCCUCGCGCGGGCAGCAUCUCCACAAAACCAUCCACAGACAUUUUUGACAUGAUUCCCUUCUCCGCUGUGGAGCCACUGGUUCCAUUACCGGCGAGUAACGGAGCGUCACCCCCUCCCCCAGCACAACCAGCAGACCCACGGACAGAUCUUUUUGGCGCCGAACCCUUUGACCCGUUCAUCUGUGGGGCCGCUGACUUCCCUCCGGACAUCCAAUCCAAGCUGGACGAGAUGCAGCGUCAGAGAUGGAGGGGUUCAAAAUGGGACUAACCCUAGAGGGCACUGUCUUUUCUCCAGACCCACUAGACGGUCGCUGCUGAUGCCAAGAGGACUCUUUUUGUGAAAUACUGUUUCCUGUUUCUAUUAAAUAAGUGCCAAAAUUGAAUCUACAGUCAAGAUGUCAAUGUUCUCACCUUGAGAUUUGUAUGUCUUUGCAUUAGAAUUUGGUUUACAAAAACAGAAAUGUUUGAAAAAGAGAGAAAUGUGAUGGAACCUACAUUUUAAGUCUGAUAAGUUAAAACACUAUUUUUAUAACAAUUAUUAAAAAAAAGAAUAGAGUAGUUUUGACACCCCCUUGUACAGGCAUUGAAGGAUGUAAAUAGUAUGUCCAAUGGUACAUGCUGUAUCAAAAAGCUUAAUAUCUGAAUUCUCAUGUCCCGGCAAUUACAUUUUAUUAUGUUUCCAGCUGUCAUUAUAUUUUAGUUCUUUGUUGUCAUUUCAGAAACCUCUUCUGUUGCACACAUACAUUUCCAUUGUACUUGUACCUGACAGUCUGCUUGUGAUUGCCAUGUAGGGAUUCAUAAAUGCAAUAUAACAUCGUUGAAGUCUGAAAACAGGAAACAUUAGCAUGACUCCUCAGUUCUGGCUGCAGCUCUGUAAAGUUAUAAAGGACUGUACUAAAAACUACAGAUACAGAAAUGUUCCUUCAUGACCACAUUAAUAUGUUGGUCCCCAUAUUGAAGUAUACAUUACAGUAAUAUUGAGAAUUCAUUGUGUUCUCUGGCAGGACAGGAAGGAUGUGGGUUCUAAGGCAAAAUCAGUAUUGACCUGAAGUUGUAUUAUGAAGUUUACAAUUGCGUCAUUAGAGGGGGAUGUUGUCCCUUACAUUUGUAUAGGGUUGAAGUACGAUGCAUCAUUGGGUAGCUAUUGACAUAUUACUGGAAUGCCAAACUGAGCUUCAUGUUUAACACAUUUUGUAUGAUUUAACAUAUUUUCAUGACUAAAAUGGAUUCAUUGAGAUAUUUUAAUAGAACAUGUAACCAUCUGUUUGUAUUCUUUAUCCAUUUAGCCCAGUAUGUACUUUUUGAAAUCCUCUUGGGUAGCAGAAUUUCAUUCCUUACUAUGUUUUAGUACCCACUUGCACAAGGAAGCACUUUUAAAAGCCUUUGUCAGUAUAUUUUGAUGUUAACACCUAUAUGUUUACAUGAUUACAUUUAAUUUGUAUGCAGUAUUUUAAACUUUGCCCCUGUAGUCAUUAAAUAUAACAUCACAUGAUA